AUGGUGGAUGUCGCGGCUCACGCGCCCGAGACGCUCGCACGCCCGCGCCAGACCUUCUACCUCUUCGCACGUCGAAUGGCGGCUCGUGCUGUCUUGUCUCCGCGCGACGCGACGGAGCGCAACCCUUACUCCGCGCGCUUCAAGCUCAGCGCCGUCCGCGCCGCGCUUGCGCGCCCUGUCUGGCGCCGCAUCGUCCCGACGUGCCGAGAGUUUGGCAUCAGCUCGCUCGACCUGCUGCGGGACUGGAUCAAAGACAGAGACGAGAUCGAGUCGCUGGCGAUACUCGAGGAGAUCGUGGAUACUGUCGCUGAGAGUGUCGCACUGUGA